AUGAUAAAUCUGAGGCUAAGUUUUAAGGUUAGGCUAAGGCUGAAGGACAAGGUCAAGCUUAAGGUUUCAUUCAGACUCAGGUUCAAGUUCAGGUUCAACCUCAAGCACAGGCUCACCUCAGGCUCAGGCUCAGGCUUAGGCUCGGGCUCAGGCUCAGGCUCAGGCUCAGGCUCAGGCUCAGGCUCAGGCUCAGGCUCAGGCUUAGGCUUAGGCUCAGGCUCAGGCUCAGGCUCAGGCUCAGGCUCAGGCUCAGGCUCAGGCUCAGGCUCAGGCUCAGGUUCAGGCUCAGGCUCAGGCUCAGGCUCAGGCUCAGGCUCAGGCUCAGGCUCAGGCUUAGGCUCGGGCUUAGGCUCAGGCUUAGGCGCAAGCUCUUGCUCAGGCUUAGACUCGGACUAA